AAGCCCGGGUCUGCUGAGGAUUGGUACACUUUUCACAGCCAGUGCAACAGAGUAGCUUAGCUACAGCACUUGGGUUUCUGGCGAGCAGCCUUAUUUGUCACUGGUGCGCAACUGAAAACUGCCACACAGUGCAGCUAGGUUGCACAGUGCCAUAACGGAUAAAGCGACGUGUAUCUCUACACUUUAGCCCGCCCCAAUCAACGGUAUCAACUCGUGUGUGGAAAUAGGUCCGUGUUUGAGUUGAUGUAGCUAACGCUAGGGAGUACCUUUCGGCGAAUAGGAUGAUGCUUGGAGUUGUUUACUUCUUUCGUCGAUUGUUUUUGGGGGGUCCUCGAAAAGAGUGUGGAAAGGCUAGAGGAAGCCACAUCUAAUUCGGCGACAUUGACGUUCGCUGAGACAAGCACUUCAAGUAAAGAGCAGAAUCCAGCAGCCCCAGCAUCGGACAACUAGCUAGCUAGAUAGUUCGUAGUUGUUAGCUAUCCACCUCUGUUAAACAACAAGGUGUCCUGGAGAGUAUUAUACCAAGAUUGCAGAUUGUUAGCGUGCCAAUUAGGACAGGAGUGCCACGGAGACCCAUACGGGCCUAGUGGUGCAGCAUGUGAUGACCCACGCCCAGAACAAAGGUUCUCUUAGCCAGAGUCGCAGCACAGUGACGCGGGAACACUGCCCCGAUAGGUCACAUGGUGAGACCAUGGGCGGGGCCUGGCCUGAGCGCACGCUGCGAUUCGGCAGGACCAUGAAGAAGGGCGGGACUAAGCGAGGAAGGGGCGGGGUUAAAGAGAUGAUGGACAGGAGGGAGAAGACUCCGGAGCGGAAUAGGAGGCGGAGCAGGAAAUCUUAUCCCUUACGAGGAAGGGGAGGUGCUCCGGAGGAGGAGGGUCUUAGCUGUCACGUUUUGCUCACCCGACUGGAGAAGGACAUCCAGGAGCAGGAGGACACCAGUGAGAGGGGGAAUGAUUCGCCAAUUCAACCGCCCGUCAAACCUGAAUCCCGGAGCAAGAAACUGGACAAAGGAAAAGACAAAGCCAAGGGGAAACUCCUGGCAAAGAAGAUGAUACCAAAAACUAAAUCAAAAACCACCAGUGAUGAGCAGGGGUUGCCAUUUCCAGAGCCGCGUAAGCGACGGCUAGCUUCUCUCAACGCUGAGGCCGUGAACAGUCUGCUGUUGGAGAGACCUAACGAGACCCAGCCGGCUUCUAAACAGGCCAGGAGACAGCAGGAUGAGCAUACCAGCGGUGAGUCGUUCCUGGGGACAGAUCCAGCCAGGCGCGGGGUGACCGGAGGUCCUAAUGCUCCAAGAACCAGCAGCAAGGCCUCCGCAUCGCACAAGCCUGACCCGUGCCAAAGCUCCAGGAAGACUAAGAAGGUCUCCAAGAAACCAGCCAAACCAGACAGAGGACAGAAGAAAGAGAUGAUGACUUUACAGAUGUUACACACCCCUGCUCCCCGACGGCUAGCUGGACUCAACGCUGCYGCGCUGCUAAAGUUAACGAGCACCUCGGCGACUAGCAAACAGCGAGUGAAAACGACAUCAACGACUACGACGAUGGACUGCAAGGCUACGAGCACCGCAUCAGUUGACGUGGAGCAAAAGCAGCCGCAACCGCGACCGAAUCUUAAACCGUGCAGCCGCCAGCCUAAGCAGAAGGGAAGGCAGUUGAUUCCAGAAGAGGUAGGCUGUUCUGCCUGCAAGAAGUCCAACUUUGAGCCCAARGUGGAGUGGGAGUCUGGCGGGUGCACCCACCGGCUAACCAAACCAGGCUACCAGUCGCGCAGCAUGCUAGCCUACCCGUUGAAGCCCGUCGUCAAAGAGGAGCAGGUGGAGGCAGAGCUGAGCCCAUACUACUGCUGCCCCCCAGAGGGCUCUGUGGAGUACUGCCAUCGCCUGGCCUUGUUCCUGGGUCAGCAGGCCUACGCCGACUCUGAAGAACGACCUUUAAACUCUGCCCUAACCUCUGUGAAACGGGAGUGCCUAGUGACGUCACCCUCCCAUCCCCACUCCCACGCAGCCCUGACCCUCAGCCCCCRCCCCUGCCUCUGCACCGCCGACCCCGCCUGCUUCUCYAGCUACUACGUCCACAUCGCCCAUCCUACACACYCUGGAGCUCCGUCAGCCAACCUCAGCUCACGACCUCUGAACUUUGGCUCCUCGACGCUGUGUCCCGGCCGGGUGUCUGGCUCCAAGCUGCUGGGUCCUCCGGUGUCCCAUUCCUCGACGCUGUCCCAUCCUGCCUUCUGUGGCUCAGUGGGCACUCCCUGCUACAGCGAGGCCUGCCGGGUCAGCGGCUACACAUACAGAGCCAUGCAGCCGGUCAACAGCAGGGGGUGCUCUUUCUCCACAGGCUGCUCCGGGUGUACACACAGCAUCAAGACAGAGGGUUACUCCUCCCCCCAGGGUGACCACAACCCCUCCCUCCUGGUUUCUCCCUCUCUCCCCCUCUCAGGCUGUCCCCUCCCUACCACCCCGUCCUCCACCCAGGCCAAGCCCCGUCUCCUCACCCCCCUGUCUGACCGCAGUGUGCCCCAGGCCAGGCUGAAGCUGGCCAGGGAGUGCCCUCAGGGCUCCAAGCCCCCUAACGGCUCUCUGUCCAUGGGGAGAACCAGGCUGUCCCAGAAACAGCCAGCUCCGACACCCAGUCUAUCCCCCRCCAAGCAGAAGAGGGUCAGCCACCGACGGGCCACCAACGGGUGGCUGCCUGUAGGAGUGCCCACAGAGAAAGAAGUGUUCAUUGCGGGGGAGGACGAGACGGCCUUACGGCAGUGUUAUGAAGGAGUACAGAGAGACGGCGAAGUGAUACGUGUCCGAGACACAGUGCUGCUGCGCGCCGGUCCCCGGAAGAAGUCCCUGCCCUACGUCGCCAAGAUAUCAGCGCUAUGGGAGGACCCCAAAUCUGGAGAGCUGAUGAUGAGCCUGUUCUGGUACUAUCGACCUGAACACACACAGGGAGUCCGAGACCCCAGCAUGCACUGUGAGAAUGAGAUUUUUGCAUCUCGGCAUCAAGACGAGAACAGUGUGGCCUGCAUCGAAGACCGAUGCUAUGUUCUCCCACUAGCGCAGUACUGUCGAUUUUGUGCCUUGGUGAAGCGGCGUGCAGAGGGUGUGCCCCCUGGCGCUGCCAGAGUGGUCCCCUGCCCCUCAGACUUUGACCCCCCCGACCACCGCCAGGUGCCCGCCGACAUAGACCCUGAACUGGUGUACCUCUGCCGCCACGUCUACGACUUCCGCUACGGACGCAUCCUGAAGAACCUGCAGUAGGGGACAGCAGAGGACAGGCAGACAGACCAACCGUAGUGGAGCACACGCACUCCUACACAUGGGGCUGAAGGAUGAGAGGGGGAACCCCUGAAGGGUUUUGGGGGUCCCCUGAACUAGAGGGAGGGCUGCUGAAGAAUCAAGUAUUGGAGGGGGACCACUGAUAUCUGAAUCCCCAGAAUGGCGUUGAAGGAGUGGGUACUGAAGUACCUUACCCCCUUUUACAACUGUUACUAGGGAGGUGAAGUUUUGACCCCCUCAACUGGAACUAGAACUGUACCGGCUUGGACAGAAGGGAGAGAUCUGCUAGCUGUCCUGGUUAACCAUGUCCUGCUAUACCAGGGCUCAUCACCAUGUGCAUGGACAGCCAUGUUGGUGACCUAACAAGAGGAAGAACUGCGCUACCAGAGCCGUACAGGGCUCGUCAUGACGAUGAUGUUAGAGCCUGAUGUGAUGACAACGUUCUUCUUCAUUUGUGUUUGUCUCUGAGGCAGCUGUGAUCGAGAGGGCACUUGCAGCUUGAACACACACACAAUUAGGUUAUUU